CGCACUAGGUACUAGUCUCUAUCCCUUUGAAUAUCUCUCGCUAUCUUAUAAACCCAGCCAGACUGCAGCUUCUCUUUAUCCUUCCUAGCUAGCUGCAUAACUAGCACAUGCUAAAAUCACUUAAAAAUCCAGCACCUAUCAUAUUUUCUUUCUUUAUUUACUUCGUGCUUUAAUUUGUUUGAUCCCUUUAUCAUUGCGGUCGAGUCGACGUCCGAGUCUAGUACUGAUCAUGAGCGCCUUUCCAUAACAAAGACGUACGUACGCGCGUCUUCCUCGAUCCGUUAAUAUUAUUAAUGCCGUGGAAGUGAUCUUUCAUCUUCAAUCAUGCCCUUAUCUUUGAAUUUUUCUCCUCAGUGAAAGUGAUGAUGCUGAUCAAUAAUUCAGCCUCAUUCCGAUCACUUGCCAAAUUUCCGUGCAUUGCAGAUCGGAAGAAGCAUUAAUGGUCCUGGAGUACUACACAACCUGUUGGAGCCUGAUCUAAUUAAACCAGCUUUCAGCCGCUAAUCAUCAAUUACAUAUAUGGAUGCGGACCCACCAUUUCACAAGGCCUACGAGAACCUCUUCGACAUUAAAACUACCAAAAACAUUCCGCAGGACCUCCUCAACAAAAAUGAUAACAAGCUUUUCAUCGUCGAGGAAUGCGAGCUUCCUAUUAUCGAUCUCAGCCGCUUGAACCUCAGUGAACUGGAGAAAGAGAAGUGCAAGGCAGAGAUAGUGAGGGCUUCAAAAGAAUGGGGUUUUUUUCAAGUUGUGAAUCAUGAAAUUUCUAAUGAAAUUUGGGAGAAGAUAAGAUUUGAGCAGCAAAGGAUGUUCAAACAACCAUUUGAUAAGAAGAUCAAAGAGGAUAAAUACUUAAAACUUUCAGCUGGAAGCUACCGUUGGGGCACACCUUCAGCAACAAACCUUAGCCAGUUAUCAUGGUCAGAAGCUUUUCACAUUCCUUUGGUGGAUAUUUAUCGCUCAUCGGGUGGCUUCGACAGUACUCUCGGUACAAUAGUGCAACAUUUUGCUAUGACGGUAUCGAAUUUGGCACAAAAACUAGCUGAGAUCUUGGCUGAAAAAAUGGGUCACGAGUCAACUUUCUUUCAAGAAAAUUGUUUGCCAAGCACUUGCUAUCUUCGAAUGAAUCACUACCCACCUUGCCCAAUUGAUCUAGAUGAUCAGGUAUUUGGUCUAACGCCACACACAGAUAGUGACUUCCUCACAAUAUUGCAUCAAGACCAAGUUGGUGGACUGCAAUUGGUGAAAGAUGGGAAAUGGAUUGCGGUUAAACCUAACCCAGAGGCUCUUAUUAUCAACAUUGGAGACUUAUUUCAGGCAUGGAGCAACGGUACGUAUGUGAGCGUAAAACACCGGGUGGUGACAAACCCAGUAGUAGAAAGAUUUUCCACUGCGUAUUUCUUUUGUCCAGCAUAUGACACUGUAAUACAGAGUUGCUGUGAGCCUGCAAUCUACAAAGAGUUCAGCUUUAGGGAAUAUAGGCAGCAGGUCCAAGCGGAUGUUCAAAAAUUGGGUUCCAAAAUAGGACUUGCUAGAUUUCUUGUUUAAAGGCAAUACCCCAAGAAUGUUGCAUACAUGCAUGCAUCUACUAAGUUAUAAUGUUGAAAUAUAUAUAUAUAUAUAUAUAUAGAUAUAUAUAGUAGAGAGAAAUAUUAAAUCUAGUACUGCGUCGAACUGCAAAAUAAGAAAAGCAUAUAUGCAUGCAGGAAGUUGAUCUCAGUUUGCAUGAUUGACUGCAAUGUGAAAAAAAAAAUUUUGGAUGUUUUUGUUGAGGGCCUUAACAUAUCAUGCCUACAAUAUCAGGGUUCUGUAUAUAUGUAUGAUCAAUAUUCUUAUAUCUCUCUACAUUAUAUAGAAGCUUAAUUAAUGCAUCGAUCACACAACAAGUUGAAGAUAGCCACCUUCCAAGAUAAUCCUUCUUAGACCCAGUUGAUCUCUACCAAAAAUUGUUGCUUGAAGAGCUCCAAAUUAGGAUAUAUUCAGCCAAUAAUGGAUUAUAGAAGAAAUUAAAUCACGUUGCAUUCUUUAAUUUUCUGUCAGUAUCAAAUUAAUUCACUGUUUACGUAACAAGUAAAAAUACCAUGUAUGUGAGAGUCAGUGUAAAACUGGAAUACACACGGGUACGUAGUAGCUAGCCCCACACGAGAAGGCCAUGCAUGCUAUUAGAUACAUCGCGGACACAUUGCAAUGAGAUCACAAGACGUUGAUCAGGUACGUGCAUGCAACUUCGUGGAUCAGAGUCCUUACAUGCUAUUGGGUAGACUACACAUGAUAGAUAUGAUCUAUUGGGUAGAUUACACGUAGAUCAUAUCUAUAUUACAUGCUGAUGCUAUUGGGUAGCCUUUAAUUAGUUUAAUUAGCAUGGUUAGAAAUUAUCUUUGGUGUUAAUUAGCUUGCUUAAUUAAUUAGUUAAUUCGCUUGUAAUAUAAUAAUUUGUAGUAAAUUUGUUGGUUUUACUAAUAAAAUGACAGCAAUAAAAUUGAAAUCUCAGAAUUUUGUCUUUCAUUUGUUCUCUUCCAACGAAUUCUCUCUCUCCCAACUUAAUUCAUUUAUAACAUGGUAUCUAUCAAAUUUUCUACCCUUAGAAGCAGUUUCUGAAUCUUUAAUUUUCUGUCAGAGUUAUGUCACUCUUCAUG